AUGGCAGUGCCGAAUUUGAUUGGGAAUGCCUGGCUGCCUCGAAGUGUCGCCUGAAAUCAGUACAUCGUGGAGAGAUGGCGUCUCUGUCAUCUCCUCUGAGAGUCUGUAGAGGAAUAUUGAAGGAGUUGCGUGCCAUUCAAGGAGCGAGCUACAAACAGUCGCUGGCUUACAAUUAUGUUAUGGAUCAAUUUCGCAAGAAUAAGGUGACAGGGGAAAGGUACUGCAGAGCGCAACAGGAGGCGCACCACGCCUCGCUCACGUACCUGUGUCUGCUGGCGUCCACCAGGAACCACCUGGCCCUGCACACCCUCUACCACGGCAAGGGAGAGCGCAGCCCUGAACAAGCCGCCGGGCUAGUGGGGCUCCGGCUGCCGUCGCAGCCCGGAGGGAAAGGCUGGGAGGAGUAAGGACGGGUGGAAACGCGGUCAGCGGGAGGAGAUCACGACACACACUCUCUGGAACCACCUGCGUGAAUCGCUGAAGUGUCAGGGCGUCGUACCGCUGCCAUCCUGCCAUUUAAACUCCACGUGGCUGGUCAGACUGCUGGGCGUGGCGUUGUGGACCGAGGGAACUUGACUUGUACUUUAGUUUGUUGGGCAACCGUUGCUGAAAGUGAGGGAAAAUGUGUAGACUGAUCAAAGGUCAGCUAAAAUCUAAAACUUUGAUAUAAGUUUUGGUUUUAGGCGUGUUGAUGUCUAAUGGCAGCACCUUUAAAAACUCUGAAAAUGCCGCCACUUGGUGUAUGUCUCUCAUUUAAAGUUAAUCACCUCAGUGGUUGCUAUAAAGAAAUCUUGCAGGUGAUAAUACCUGUCUGUAUGUAAAUAAAGCUCUCCUUUUGAUUGUGUGUGUUUAAUUAUGUGUACGAACAGACAGGCUGAAAUAAACCUCCGUCUUUAUUUAA